UUUAUGUAAAACAAAAUAAAUGAUUAAUUAUUCUUAUUAAAAAAAAGAGAAAUUAAACGUAUUUUUUGUUCAUUACAUAUUUGUUUGAAGUUGACGCCCUCCUGCCUCCUACAACACUAUUUUAUUUAAGAAUUCUUUCUCAGCAUUUUCAACACAUAUCACAUAUUCUUCCCCCCUCUCUCUUCUGUCUCUCUCUCUCACUAUUUUCAAGACUUAUCACAUCUUCUUCCCCCACUCUCUCUCUCAAAAAUAUGAAGAUCGAUAUCACAGACUCGACGAUGGUGCAGCCAGCGGCGGAGACGCCGAGCGGCAGCUUGUGGCUGUCAAACCUAGACUUGCUAUCGCCUGCCAACUACCACACGCUCAGCGUGCAUUUCUACCGGCACGACGGGUCGGCCAACUUCUUCGAGGCGGCGGCGCUGAAGGAGGCUCUCGGGCGCGCCCUAGUUGAGUUCUACCCUUACGCCGGGCGGCUGCAGCUGAAAGAUAACCGCCUUGAGAUCGAUUGCAACGGCGAGGGGGUACUGCUGGUGGAGGCGGAGAGCGACGGGACCUUGGAGGAGCUGGGGGACUUCGCCCCCCGCCCCGAUCUCACUCUUAUCCCCAAAGUCAAUUAUGCCAAGGGGAUUUCCACGUACCCGCUCAUGCUUUUUCAGCUAACUCGCUUCAAAUGCGGCGGCAUCGGCUUAGGCGUGGCAAACGAGCACCACCUAUCCGACGGCGUCUCCGCUCUCCACUUCAUCAACACAUGGGCCCACCUCGCCCGCGGCGUCCCCGCCCCGUCGCCCCCGCCCGUCUUCGACCGCAGCUCCCUCUCCGCGAGGCAACCCCCGCAGCCGCAGUUCAACCACUCCGAGUACCAGCCCCCUCCCACCCUCGAAACCCCGCUCCAAGACACCGAGAUCGCCUACUCCAAGUUCAAGGUGACGCGCGACCAGCUCACCGCCCUCAAAGCCAAAUGCAAGGCCGCUGACGUGUCGGAGAGACCCCGCAGCACGUUCGAGGUCCUCGCCGGCCACAUCUGGCGCUGCGUCUGCGCUGCCCGCGCCCUUCCAGGGGAUCAGAAGACCAAGCUCCACAUCCCCUUCGAUGGGCGGGCGAAGCUGCGGCUGCCGCAGGGAUACUUCGGUAACGCCAUCUUCUUCGCCACGCCCGUCGCCACGUGCGGCGAGAUUGAGUCGAACUCGCUCUCGUACGCCGUGACGAAGGUCGGCGACUCGAUAGCUAGGCUUGAUGAGGACUACUUGAGGUCGUCGCUCGAUUUCUUAGAGCUGCAGCCGGAUAUCAGCAAGUUGGCGCAGGGGGCGCACAGUUUCCGGUGCCCUAAUCUGUGGGUGAUCAGCUGGGUGCGGCUGCCGGUGUACGAGCCGGACUUUGGGUGGGGGAAGGCGGUGUAUAUGGGGCCGUGGGCGGCGCCGUUUGAGGGUAAGAGCUAUCUCCUGCCAAAUCCGGAUAACGACGGCAGCUUGUUCGUCGCCAUCACGCUGCAUACGCAGCACAUGGAGCGCUUCGAGAAGUUGUUUUAUGAUAUUUGAUGAUCAAAUUCUUGAUUGUGUUGUAUCAUUUAAUGUUUGUUUUCUGUAUUGUGGGAAAUGGUGAAGUGCUCGUUUCAAUGCUUUGUUUUCUA